AAAAAAAAAAGAAAAAAAAAAGAGAGACAACCAUCUCAACCAAAAGCGCUCGCGCUCCCCUCUCCCAAACCCCCGACACCGUAAUCGCAAAUCUCACCUCACACCCCCAAGAUGGCGGAACCCACGAACCCGCGCCCGCGCAUCCUCUACUCAGCCGCCGGCCCCGAGCCGCCCUUCCCCCUACGCAUGGAGGGCACCGUGAUCUCCGGCUUCGGCCGCGGGUCCAAAGAACUCGGGAUCCCGACCGCGAACCUGCCCGUCGACGCCGCCGCGACGCCGUGGAUAGCAGACGCGCGAUCCGGCGUCUACUUCGGGUGGGCCUCUCUCGCGCUUCCGAGGACGCACCCCGACGCCUCCUCCUCUUCUUCUCCCCCUUCUUCUACAACCACCACCACCACCACCAACAAUAAUACCGACAAUCCAUCUUCAUCAUCAUCGACGACGCCGCCGCCCUCCUUCCAGAUCUACCCCAUGGUGAUGUCGAUCGGGUACAACCCGUUCUACAAGAACAGCGUGCGCUCGGCCGAGGUGCACAUCCUACAGGCCUUCGGCGCCGACUUCUACGACGCGCCCAUGCGCCUGCUGAUCCUGGGCUUCGUGCGCGACGAGAAGGACUACAGCGGCCUCGACGCCCUGGUCGAGGACAUCCGCGUCGACUGCGACGUGGCGCGGCAGAGCCUGGCGCGCGAGGCCUGGACGCCCGCCGAGGGGGUGGUGGGCGGUGGCUCAGGGACCUUGGACGGCUCGUGGCUCGUGCGGUGAACCGCGUUGGGUUUUUGCGAGAUGGAGCGUUUUCCUGCUUAAUUCCCUACCUUAUUUACCUACCUACCUACCUACCUACCUAGGUAAGAAGUCUAGAGGGGUUGGGCAAGAAAGGAAAGUCUUCGGAAGAGGAGGCAGGUGUAGGGAUCUUGGUUUUCCAAGAACAACUACAUUAGAAACGAGUCGCGGAGAAUCAUCGGAUGCUCCAUGUCUUGUUGAGACGACUAGGGGUGGAUAUCAAGCGACAUGUCUUUACAACCUAAGUGUGGUAUGUAAAUUUGCUAGAGAAGCGACUGGGACCAAGACUUUAUAGACUGCCUGAUGGGCAGCGAAAGGCAAGGCGUUAAGGGGAAAGACAAAUAGCAUAUAGAACGCAUCGAAUAUAACCUCAUCAGCAUCGCGAGCGCCGAAAUUACGA